AUGAUGACCGUUCGCAAGAACAGUUUAAAUAGUGUUAGUCUCGCGCCUCCCACCCCGCAGCGCCUUUUCUCGCGCGUGCGUCAGCGCCCGCCCCCCUCCGCGCGCCUCACGCCGAUGCCCCCCCCCCCCCCUGCCUCCUCACCGUCCCCGCACAGCCCUACCUUUGCCACCACUAGUCACUACUUGUUCCCGGCGCAGAACAGAUGC